GAGGGACACAGGGAUUCCCUCCGGUUCAUGGUCAUCUUUGGUUUUUUUGAUUUUGCUUGGAUUGUACUGUGUGUAUAUGUUAUGGAUUUAGGGUUUUCGGGAUGUUCGAGGAAUGGACGUGCCGUUUCCCAUCGAUACUCUGUUUCAUUCUCCAAGGGUUCUUUCAUCUUUGCUGUAUUGCAUCGAGGUGCUUCGAUUGCCCAAUUGGGAUGUCAACGUUACACCCCACCUUGAAAAAGCCAACCCUCUCACUUACAUCUCACACAAUGUUCACCCUGCGCCAGUCCAUACCUCUGCGCCUACCGAAACAUGCACAAAAACGAACCCUAAUAACAGCCUGCACAUCCCUCAACCUCUCCCUCUCCACAGCCCUCUCCACCUCCUUCGAUACCUGCUACGAGAAACACAGCCCUGCUGAUCCACCCUCUCAUCUCGUUUGUCUCAUCUCACGGGAGUAUUUUCCACUCUCCUCGAAUAUUGAUUUAUACGCCUUCGUCCGGGCACACACGUCAGCGGCGAUUGAGGACUUGGUGAUUGGGGUUGUGGAUCGUGUGCCACAUAUGAAGGGAAAUGGAGGACAAGGGGUGGGUGUGUCGAUGAUGAUGGCGAGUAAAGGGGAGCGGGGGAGAGUUGGGGUUAAGAGGAUGGAGGAGGAUUUGGGGAUUAGUGUUGGGAGGUGGCGGAAUCAGAGAUUGGCGAAGAUGUUGGCUAAGGAUGCCGAUAUUGCCGGUGCUGAUGCUGGUGCUGGAUUCGGAAUGGCGGAUGGAGGAGGAGCGGCUGAGCAAAAGGGAGAAGAGGAGGUGGAUGUGGAUGCGGGGGUUGUAUUUGCGUUGGGUGAUCCGGCGUGGAGUCGUGGAGAGUACCUCCAGAAACGAUUCCCGAAUGCUACAAAGAUCGGCAUCCUACCAACUCCGACACACUUCUUCACCGGUAACCCACAAACUCUUUACCACAACCACAACCUCAUCACAUCCGGGGGUCUCACUCUCUCCUUUCCUCGCCGCCGCUCUUCGCUGCAGGUGGAGCACCCGACGUUGAAGACGAUUGGUAAUGAGGUUGAGGUGGAAAAAGCGUUGGGGAAUAUGAUUAUUCACGUUAGUCCGACUCGGACGAGUGCGAUUACGCAUAUCUUGUUGCAUAUUCGGGGGAGAAAGUUUACGACGACGGAAACCAACUUCUUUGCUAGAUUGCAUAGAGGACAAGGAGAAGAGAGAGAGAUGACCCCCUUGGUGAGGAUUAGUGCGGGGGAUCCGAGUCGGGAUAGUGUUAGUUUGGAGAAUGAGUGGAAGGUCGAUGCCGGAGAUAAAUUCCAGCUCUUGAUUGAGGAAGGAGAGGGUGGUGGGAACUUCCUUGCCUCCACCACACACGAGGAGGGAAAGGUUAUGAUCGUGGCGGGUGCGUUGGGCGUGGAGAACCAAUUGGAGGAGAACACUGGCUCGGAAGAGCUGGUCGUGGAGGGCAUCUUUGGGGGGAUGUCGGAGAAGGGGUUCAUUAUUGGGAAGGAAGGCACGGACGAACGCAACUGGAUUUGUACUGCGAAGAAUAGUGUGAUGAAUGUCGUUCUAUAGAGAAGAGGACUUUGAACAAUAAAAGAAGAAAUGUUGGAGAUCUACAGUUCC